GAGAUGAGCCAGUGAUGCAAGGCUGGCUAUCAUUAACACCACCACGACAAUGGCCUCCUCGUUAUUCGAUGUGCGCAAACAGCUUACUUUUUACGGUUCCUACCAUUCCCAUCCAGUGAACAUCAUCAUCCAUAUAUUUGGUGUCCCAUUACUGCUAUGGAGCGCUUGGGUUCUCGGAACUCUCCUGCCUGUGCCUGUUUUCUUACCCCAAAUCCACCAUGUUUUCAACGAGUGGCUCAUAUUUGACCUCAACGUCCCUGCUAUUACUUUUGUGUUUUAUCUAGCUUAUUAUCUCUUGUUAGACCCAAUUGCUGCGAUACUCUACGCUCCCCAGAUGGUCUUGAGCUUGUUGACAGCAACCGCUCUUUCAUACCAGCCAGACGGGAUAACAAAAGCUGGAGUUGUCCAUGUUGUCUCCUGGAUUGCACAAUUCCUCGGACACGGACUUGCAGAAGGUCGGGCCCCUGCCUUGCUAGAUAAUAUACUUGGAGCAUUUGUUUUGGCUCCCUUUUUUGUUCAUCUGGAGCUACUUUUCAAGUUGGGCUACCGACCUGCGCUUCAAAAGCAACUUCAGAAUGAUGUUGGUAAAGAGAUAGCUAGGAUUAGAAAAGAACAGGGCGACAAGCGUAGGUCAAAUAAGAAGGCAACUUAAAUUACAGCAUGCUCAAGGACUGAACUGGUGGGGUUCUUUUGGGAUGACGAAUAAGGUUCGGUUAUAUACGCACAGGUAGCACUGUAAGAUACGAACUUCCCCUUACUUUUCAUUAUCUUGUAUGGAAUUUAUUCUAUCACAAUAUUGUUUUUAUGAUAACCUAAUCGGUUGCGAAUAGAGUCUUAUUUGGUCAACC